GCUUUUCCGGAAACAAUGAGCCUUCGCUCUCAUGGAGAGCCAUCAGAAGUUGUUCCGUGGCCAUUUUCUCCACACUUGCAGUGGUGGCAACCUCUCCCUGCCAUUGAACGUGACUGGUUUUUGUACAGCCAUGUGUCACUGUGGUAUGUCUUCGGUGGAGGAACCCAGCUGACCGUCCUUGGUCAGCCAAAGGCAUCUCCCACCGUGCACCUCUUCCCUCCAUCCUCAGAAGAGAUAAAAACAAAGAGCAAAGCCACACUGGUGUGUCUGCUGGACAGCUUUUACCCAGGGUCAGUCCAAGUCACCUGGAAAGCUGAUGGCCAGCAGAUCUCCACUGGAGUGGAGACGACCAAACCCUCCAAACAGAGUGACAACAAGUACAUGUGGUGGCGACCUCUCCCUACCAUUGAACGUGACUGGUUUUUGUACAGCCGUGUGUCACUGUGGUUUGUCUUCGGUGGAGGAACCCAGCUGACCGUCCUUGGUCAGCCAAAGGCAUCUCCCACCGUGCACCUCUUCCCUCCAUCCUCAGAAGAGAUAAAAACAAAGAGCAAAGCCACACUGGUGUGUCUGCUGGACAGCUUUUACCCAGGGUCAGUCCAAGUCACCUGGAAAGCUGACGGCCAGCAGAUCUCCACUGGAGGUGGAGACGACCAACCCUCCAAACAGAGUGACAAGUACAUGGCCAGUAGUUACCUGUCUCGGGAGGCCCAGCUUGGGACGAGCCAGGAGAGCUACACCUGCCAGGCUACACACGAAUGGAAGAACUUCGAGGAAGUCCCUGAAGAGCUCAGGCAGUGUUUCUUUAACCUCUGA